AUGCCGCCACAACCUAGAAGAGAAAAACCAAAAGAAGAACAAACUCAAGAAGAGCCCUUCCUUCCACCCUGCGAAUUCACAAGUCCCUGUCCAGCAGCAACAGACGACGAUACUCAAACCACCUACUCACGCCGAAAAGUCAUCUCGCAUAUCUUCGGCCGCAAUAAGUCCGCCACGAAGCGGUUCCCAGACCAUGUGUGGGUGCAUUACUGUCGGCAGCAUUACCAGCGGGCGCGGUAUCGGGUCGAGUGGCCGGUUACACAGUGUGAGUUGUUGAUGAUUGUCCUGGGGAGGAUGGAGAGGUGGGGUGGUGUUUCGGGGUGGGAGGUUGUGUUGAGGAAGAGGGAGGUGGAGAGGUUGAAGGUGGAGGAUGGAGGGGAGGUUACUUUUUCUUCUUCUUCUUCUUCUUCUACUACUACUAAUACGACGACUACUACUACUACUACUACCGAGUGUGAUCUGACCACGCUCUCGUCUGGGUCGGGUUUGUCAUCUGUCGUUGCUGAGCUUGCCCCUGUCGGUGAUGGUGCGCGGGUACGGGGCGAACGUGGCAGACGCAGGAAACCGACUAUUGUGCCUUCGCCUGUGCCGAGUUGGCUUCUGAGGGAGGUUGGUCGGGAUAAGUCGUUUGCGGAUUUGAGGGACCUUGUUCGUCGGGUGCGUGGGGAGAUGGAUUCUCUGCGCGGACAGGGCGUGCCGGCUCGUCGGAUUGUGUUUCCGGAUAUUGAGCUCUUGCCGACGUUUCAGCCUUGGGUUCUGACUCCGGUGAAGAAGAGGCAGAGGAGGGGGAGGAGGGAUGCAGGUAGAGGGAAGAAGGGUGGGAAUGGGAAGAAGGGUUCUAGGGUUAAUAGGAAGGGGACUGUGAAGAACGUUCACGUGGGAGAUUGA